UUAGGUAGCCAUCACUUACUGUGAAAAAAAUAAACAACAAAUUUCGUAUUACCCAAUGCUUCAUUGUUCAUAAGAAGAAAGCCCAAAAUUUGUUUGUUAAGAGUUUUAGCAUAUGGAGUAAAUUUUUUUGCCCUAAUCUUGAUAUUUUGAGCUAUAUACUGUAGACCUUUAAAGUCAAGAACAAGAAGAUGAAGCAGUGGCAGUGCCGGCCACGGCGGCACAUGUGUAAUUGCCAAUUCUACGGCCACAGUAGUGGGUAGGCCAUCGAUCAUUUGUAGUUUGUAGGGAGGCAGUGUACAACCUAAGAGGCGUAGUGUACAUCUCCAUAUAAGCUUGGGGCAGUGGACUACAUCUGAAAUAGAAAGUUGAUUAAAGCACUUUCAAGUUUCACCUCCAAAUACCCUUUGCUCUCUCUGCUGCAUUCACAGUGCGAUUGAAUGUGCUUCUCAUAACUCCAGAGAGAGAGAGAGAGAGAAAGAGAAUGAGAAUGGGAAUGAGAGUGCUUAAGCCAUUGGUGCAUUUGCUAGUCCCACUAUGUGUUCACUGGAUUGCCGAGGAGAUGUCAAAGCCAAUGCUGGUUGAUAUAACCACCAAUGCUCUCUGUGAUGGCCAGUCUUCUUGCUCUCAAUCCACCUACAUCAAUGGGCUUCAACACACGGUUGUUGGAGUACUCAAGAUGGUAGUUGUUCCAUUCCUUGGCCAACUUUCAGAUGAUUAUGGGCGCAAACCCCUUCUCCUCCUCACCUCCUCUACGACAAUUAUACCAUUUGUUUUACUUGCCAUCAACAAGUCAAGGGGAUUCGUGUAUGCUUACUAUGUGAUGCAGACAAUUUCUUAUAUAAUAAGCCAAGGAAGCAUUUUCUGCAUCUCAAUUGCUUAUGCGGCAGAUGUUGUCGAUGAGACUAAUAGAGCGACGGCUUUUAGUUGGAUUACAGGCCUUUUUUCUGCAUCCCAUGUUUUGGGAAACCUCGCAUCACGUUUUCUUCAUGAGGACUACAAUAUUCUUCAGGCUGCAUUGUGCCUGCUGAUAUUUGUUCCGCUUUAUAUGGCACUGCAUCUAGUGGAGACGGUUACUCCGGAUGGAGGAGUUGAACAAAGUUUGCCCUGCCCGAGCAAGGUGAAGAAGUUUUGUCGGGAGCAAUGCUACUGUGUGAGAACCACUCUAGAAGUUGUCGUUAGCAGUCCGACGCUAAAGUGUGCCUGUCUGGUUUCUUUCUUCUACCAGCUGGGAAUAUCUGGCAUCGACAGUGUAUUACCGCAUUAUCUGAAAGCAGCUUUUGGUUUUGACAAAAAUCAGUUCUCAGAUAUUUUGAUGGCAGUGGGAGUGGGUUCAAUUGUCUCUCAGAUGGUCGUGCUUCCACUUGUCAAUCCAUUUGCCGGGGAGAAAGUGAUACUCUGCAUAGCGUUGCUAGCAUCAAUAGUAUAUGCAUUGCUUUAUGGAUUGGCGUGGGCAUCCUGGGUGACUUAUAUAGGUGCAUCUUUCGGAGUCAUCUACAUCCUAGUUAUACCUGCUAUUUAUGCUGUAAUAUCCCGAGCAUCAAGCUCGGAUGAUCAGGGCAAAAUGCUGGGAUUCGUUGCUGGUGUACAAUCACUUGUGAGCUUGUUAUCUCCCAUCGCAAUGAGUCCACUGACUACCUGGUUUUUGUCUGACAAAGCGCCCUUCAACUGCAAGGGGUUCAGCAUCAUAUGCGCGUCUUUUUGCAUGACUGUUGCUUUAUGCUGUGCAUGCACGCUAAAACUGGAAACACCAUGGAAGAAAUUCUCAGAAGAACACGAUGAAGAGAACACCGAAACGCCUCUUCUCUCUUCGUUCCAUUAGCUGGCUACCAUUCUUCAAGAAGAAAAACAAAAGAUGAACAAAAACAAUGUUGUAGUGUGUCUCUUCUGUUUUCAUUUUUGGUUGGUUUUGUAUUAAGAAAAUGGGUACAUUUACCUUAUAGGGUUCUUUUUCGAGUUUGAUAACACUAUAUUAAAAAACUUAAUGAUAUAUUUUGUAACUUUUUCUGUA